AUGGAAACAGCUUGUUUCAGCACAGUAGGAAAGAUGGCCGAGUGGACAUUUCAGCCAAUACUACGAGAAUUUGGCUAUCUGUUGUGUUUCAACAGUAACAUUCAAGAGCUUCAAACUCAACUAGAAAAACUAAAUGCAUUGAGAAACGAUGUGCAAGCAAGGGAAGACGCCGCAAAGAGGAUGUGGCAAUCCCUCGGCGAAGCGGCCGAAUUGUGGAUGAAUGAUGCAAAUGAAAAAAUUGUAGAAGCAGAGAGUGUUCUCAAUGAUAAGGCUAAGCUUCAAAAAGGGUGUUUCUCCAUCAAAUGGUGCCCCAAUCUAAUUUUGCGCUUCUCUUUGGGAAGGAAGGGGAAGAAAUCAUCUUUGGUUCUCAUCGAGCUUCUUCAAUCCGGUGGUCAGUUGCCACACACGGGUCAUAUCUUACCCAUGCCGUCCAUAAAUAUGCGUGAUUACAAUGGGGAUGCUUGUGAUUUCGAUAGUCGAAGUAAGAAUAUGGAAGACAUCAUUAAGAUGUUACAUGAUGAAGAGACAAUGUUAAUAGGGAUAUGCGGGAUGGGAGGCAUUGGAAAGACCACUUUCGCUAAGCAAGUCCUUCAAAAGGUAAAAGACUUCCAUAAGUAUUUAUUUGAAAUUCAAGUUAUUUCGAUUGUAAGUAGUAGUCCCAAUUUCAAUUCUAUCCAACAAGAAGUCGCAGAGAUGUUAGGUUUUUCUCUUAAGGACGUAGAGAAUAAGACUUUAAGAGCAGAACGUUUACGAAAGGCAUUUUGUAACAAGAAAGUUGUAGUCUUGUUAGAUGAUGUUUGGAAAGACUUUGAUUUAAAGGCUUUUGGUUUUCCAUCAAAUAUAUUUGAUGUUGGGUAUAAUUGUAAAAUUAUUUACACAUCUAGGAACAAAGGUUUAUGGUCAGGUGAACGCAACAUUACCAAAAAAGAAAUCUCUCUUAAAGUAUUGUCACGUGAAGAAGCUUGGAAUUUGUUUUCCAGAAAAGUCAAUCUUCCUGAUGAUGAUAAGGAUCUCCAUUGGAAGAAUAGAAUAGCAAUGCAAAUUGUUGGAGAAUGUGGACGGUUGCCCCUCGCGCUUGAGGUUGUAGGAGGCGCUCUCAUCGAAAAAGACAUACAUGAGUGGAAUAAUAUGUUUUCUCAAUUGAGGAAUCACGGUCAAGAUCCACAUAUGGAGGAGAUAAACAAGGCCUUGAAAACGAGUUAUAACUUCUUAGAAGAUCCAAAUGCCAAAUUAUUGUUCUUGUUGUAUCGUUAUGCAGUGGGUUUGCAUCUCUUCACAAAUAUAAAUGUGGAAAACCUAAAACGUACCAAGGAUUAUGUCUACACCUUAGUGGACAACCUAAUAAGGAGAAAUUUGUUAAUAAAGGUUGAAGCUCGGUAUGAAGAACCUACAGUGAAAAUGCACGAUUUGUUGAGAGAUGUGGGAAUUUCAAUUGCAAAACAAGAAAAUAACGGCAUUAAAUUUCUAGACUGUGAUAGUGUGGACAAACUAGAAAAUGUCAUGAGUCCAGAUAUUAUGAUGAUUUCUAUAUUAUUCCAGAAGGAUCUACAAGUCUUUGAGAAGUUAGAAUUUCGAAACUCAAAAUUGGAACUAUUACGGUUAGAUAGUUCUGGGGAUACAAUAUCAGGAAGCUUAUUUCAAGGGCAGGAUAAUCUCAAAGUUCUAGAUAUAGUAAACUAUGGCGGCAUGGUUGUUGAGUUUCCAUAUUUAGCUAAGUUGAAGAUGUUAUCCCUAGAGAAAUUGAGUUUUGAUAUGACACCGUUAUUUCUAAAUCUUAAGUGCUUGGAGAUCCUUAGCCUUCAAUGGUUAACUGUUCAAAAUUUUCCAAAUGAAAUAAGUGAGUUAACAAACUUAAGAUUGUUGGAUUUGACUGGUUGCAAGUGUUUCAUAAUAAAUGGUGUUCUUUCUAGGCUUACUAAUCUACAAGAGUUGUAUAUGUGGGAUAGUUUUCAGGAUUGGAGGCUACACAAAGAAGACGUAAAUGGUGGAGACAAUAUUGCAGCAGGGCUUGAUGAGUUAAAUUGCUUACAUAAAUUAUGGAGAUUGGAACUAGAGAUACCCAACAUUGAACAAGUGCCGAGAGGUGCUACGCUAUUUUCUUCUCCAACGUUAUUAACACAAUUCAAGAUAAGAAUUGGAGGAGGAGAAUCUAUUAAAUUUGAAAGUGGGGAAAGACAAUUGUGGUUGAAGAAUGUUAAAGGCAAUACCAGUUUCUUCCAUGAACUUGAGGUCUUAACAAAAAACGACAUUACUAAUUUAUAUAUAUGCGCUGAUUCUAACAUAUUGGACAAUAUGCAUAUAAACAAUUUCAUAUCAUUGAAGGAUGUUGUUCUUAAACAGUGUGGAUCUCUUUUUCCACUGUCACGGUCAUCGUUGAAGACUUCUGAACUUGGAUGUUGUUUGCGGCGUAUUGAACUAUAUGAAUGCAAUGAAAUGACACACUUAUUUUCUACAUCAAUAUCAAAGAAUCUCGCAAAUCUUCAAGUUCUUGUUCUCGAAGAUUGUAAAAUGAUGGAAGAAGUUAUUAGCUCUUUCAAUGAUACAGAACAAGUCAAUAAGAUUGAGUUCAAUGCUUUGGAAACUAUUAAGAUUCAUUACUUGUCUUGGCUGAAAUACUUUUGCAAAAGAGUAGAUGAGAUUCAUUUUCAUAAACUGAAAAUAUUGAAGCUAAAAGGAUUGAAUCAAUUUAUCUUCCCAACCAAGUUGGAAAUACCUUGCCUGGAGAAGCUAAGUAUGAUAUUUAUUCCAAAUAUUGAAACUCUGUGCGUGCCACCAUCAUUGCAAAAGUUGAAUAUUGAUAAUUGUGACAACUUCCAAUAUGUUGACUUCUCUCCUAACUCGGUGAUUUCUCAUCUUGAAAAUGUGAUCAUUAAAAGAUGUAAAAUAUUGAAAGGAGUAGUAGGAGUAACAACUGGUGCAGGAGAGCAACGGAGAAAAUCAAUUGAAUUCCCUAAUUUGUCAACAUUGAAUCUUGAAUCCUUGGACAAACUCACGAGUUUUGUCAUCCACAUCAACAAUUUGGAUGACAAAGAUGAAAAGUCACAAAAUGCACUAUUUUAUCACAAUGAUUAUCAGUUGGAAAUACCUUGCCUGGAGAAGCUAAGUAUGAUAUCUAUUCCAAAUAUUGAAACUCUGUGCGUGCCACCAUCAUUGCAAAAGUUGAAUAUUGAUAAUUGUGACAACUUCCAAUAUGUUGACUUCUCUCCUAACUCGGUGAUUUCUCAUCUUGAAAAUGUGAUCAUUAAAAGAUGUAAAAUGUUGAAAGGAGUAGUAGGAGUAACAACUGGUGCAGGAGAGCAACGGAGAAAAUCAAUUGAAUUCCCUAAUUUGUCAACAUUGAAUCUUGAAUCCUUGGACAAACUCACGAGUUUUGUCAUCCACGUCAACAAUUUGGAUGACAAAGAUGAAAAGUCACAAAAUGCACUAUUUUAUCACAAUGAUUAUCAGUUGGAAAUACCUUGCCUGAAGGAGCUAAGUAUGAUAUCUAUUCCAAAUAUUGAAACUCUGUGCGUGCCACCAUCAUUGCAAAAGUUGAAUAUUGAUAAUUGUGACAACUUCCAAUAUGUUGACUUCUCUCCUAACUCGGUGAUUUCUCAUCUUGAAAAUGUGAUCAUUAAAAGAUGUAAAAUGUUGAAAGGAGUAGUAGGAGUAACAACUGGUGCAGGAGAGCAACGGAGAAAAUCAAUUGAAUUCCCUAAUUUGUCAACAUUGAAUCUUGAAUACUUGGACAAACUCACGAGUUUUUUCAUCGACGUUAACAAUUUGGAUAACAAAGAUGAAAAGUCACAAAGUGCACUAUUUUAUCACAAUGAUUAUCAGUUGGAAAUACCUUGCCUGAAGGAGCUAUGUAUGAUAUCUAUUCCAAAUAUUGAAACUCUGUGCAUGCCACCAUCAUUGCAAAAGUUGUUUAUUGGUAAUUGUGACAACUCCCAAUAUGUUGACUUCUCUCCUAACUCGGUGAUUUCUCAUCUUAAAAAAGUGAUCAUUACAAGAUGUAAAAUGUUAAAAGGAGUAGUAGGAGUAACAACUGCUGCAGGAGAGCAACAGAGAAAAUCAAUUGAAUUCCCUAAUUUGUUAACAUUGAAACUUGAAUCCUUGGACAAACUCACGAGUUUUGUCAUCGACGUCAACAAUUUGGAUGACAAAGAUGAAAAGUCACAAAGUGCACUAUUUUAUCACAAUGAUUGUCAGGUGUCAUUUCCUUCCUUGCUAGAGUUGAGAAUAGAAGAAUUGCCAAAGAUAAAUUAUAUAUUAGGACAGAGAGACGAAGGUAGAAAGGGACGGGGACUUCAUCCUGAUAUUGAAGAAGUAUAUAAGAUAUUUCCUGUAUUAUGUUCGUUGAGGUUGUAUAGAUUAAGCAAUUUAAUACAUAUGUAUGAAAUCAACGAGCAGCCAGGACUAGGAGGAGUGCUUUUAUUUCAAAACUUGACAUACUUGGAUAUUUAUGGAUGUGGGAAAUUGAGAUAUUUGUUUUCGGAGAAUAUAGCUAGAGUCAUUGGCAAGCGCCUAAUAGGGCUAGAAAUAUCUAAUUGUGAAAUGAUGGAAGUGGUGAUAAAGAAUAUUGAGGAGGAGGAGGAAUUAAUAAUAGAGGAUGAUGAUGAUAAGGCUGGAGGAGGAGGAGGAGGAAUUAGUCAUUUCUUUCCACUCCUCAGGGCAUUGUACCUCAUGGAUCUAUCAGGUUUGAGGAGCUUUAGUGAUGUUGCUUAUACUUGGGAGUUGCCAUCACUAAAGGAUUUAAUAGUGUUAAGAUGUCCCAAGCUAGAGGCACUCUCUCCCGGCUAUUUGGAUUCUCCAAGGCUGGAGAGUCUCCAAUAUAAUUAUAGAGAAGAAGUAAAUGUAAAUGUAAAGGAUACUUGGAAAGGUGACGUUAACAGUGCUGUCAGUGCUUGGUGUCAUAUCAAGGUACUCUCUCCUUCUCUCAUUUAUUUUGUGUUGUUUCUUAAUUUCUUAUAAAGCUUUAUAAUUAAGUUGGCUAGAUUAUUAUUAAUUUAU